CAGCCAUCAAUUUAUACAUCGCACAUGAGGGUGAUCCCUGGACGCUUGCUGCACAUACUGGAAGAGGGGGGAAAGACGCGCCGCUUCCAUGGACCAGGCUCGGGUCGGUCGAGUUGCAGCGAUGCGUGGUCCGAGAUCUCACGACCAGGUGGACCUGGCCACGGCACCAGCGACUCCGAGGAACGGGCCGCCUAUGACUUGCUGCACAAAGAACAGGGCUUUCAAGCUUUCAGGUCCUGGUACUUGCAGCAGCUGCGCCAAACGCAGCCGGAGACGCCGGACGUGGGAUCCGCCAGAUCCAUGGGAUCCGUCGAGGACGCAGUGGGGCUCUGCUUUCAGGCGGUUCCUAUUCCUGGGACCAUCAACGAGUACGCUUUCAUGGACUUCCUGCGAUUGUUCCUCAAUUGCUCAGAUGCCGAGGCUUUCAACUUCUUUCGCUUGCUGGACGCAUCCAUGUUGGGUGCCCUGAAAUUUCAACAGGUGUACUUGGCUACGGUGCUUGUUUCUGCGUUGAGUUCCCGGCAAUUGACCAAGUGCCUUUAUUUGCACUCCCGGUGGCUGUUUGAAACCAUGACCGUGGAGCCUUUGCAAGGCCAGGGUGGACCACGACUCUUGCCAUGGCCUCGUUUGCAGUCCCUCUUCCAGCUCCUUGGUGCGAACUGGAUCUUCGUUUCUCGCAACUGUCCUCUGACCCUGGGCUUCAGCCCGCAGACGCACCUCACGCAUGACGAGUUCGUCGAGGUCCUGUUCUGCGUGUUGGCGCAACUGGACAAAGACGCUGUGGCCAAAGAUGCUCAGGUCAUAAGACCGGCCAGGACCGUGAAAUCCAAAGCCUGUACGGUGCUCUGAGGGUUCCUUCAUGACUUCCAGUGGAGGCUGAGCUACUAGGAGCUUCCCACUAGGUCUCUUGAAAUUCCGUUUAAAUAGCUGUUGAUAUAGUGAUA